AUGGCCAGGACAAAGGCGAUUUCAACUUUAGCCUUGAGGGAGCGACUUGAAAGGCUGGAGACUAUGGUCCAGAGUAUCCGUGGAGAUAGCGUCAGGGGCGGAUCCCCGUUUGAAAAAGGGGCAACGCAAUACACACAUGUCAGCAGCCAGGCGAGCAAUGAUAAAGUGGAACUGGGGAGGCUGGAAGUUGAGGAGGGAGAAAUCCGGUACAUGGAAAAUAGCUUUUGGGUGACUCUGUCUGAUGAGGUUUCUGGCAUGAAGGAUAUCCUAGACGCAUGCCCAGACUACGAGGAUGCCUCUUUUCCUGACAAUGAGCCGUCGAUAUCAGAUGAGGGACAAGUAUAUGUGUACAGCUUCAACUCGAUUGUGAGCAACCUCGCUGCAUUUCACCCAACAGCGCAUCGAAUCCUCUUUCUCUGGCAAAUUUUCGUCGACCAGGUUGAUCCCGUUAUCAGAAUGCUUCACAAGCCCACGAUGCAAGCCCACGUUAUGGAGGCAAAAGAUCACGUAAUUGAAAUGAGCAAACCUAAUGAGGCGUUGUUGUUUGCAAUUUACUUUGCAAGCAUCACGAGUAUGAAUGAAAAACAGUGUCGCGACGCUUUUCAGGAGGGGAAAGUCUCCUUGCUGCGCAGGUAUCGAUUCGCGGUGGAGCAAGGCCUUGCGAGAGCCGAGUUCCUAAGCUGUCAUAACCUUGUCACAUUACAGGCUCUUGUAAUUUUCUUGAUAUGUCAGCGCAAUCAUGAUGACUCUAAACUGGUUUGGACACUGACAGCCACUGCUAUUCGGAUAGCCCAGUCCUUGGGUAUCCAUCGCGACGGUUCCAACCUCGACCUCACCACAUUUGAUGCCGAAAUGCGUCGCCGUGUCUGGUGGCAGAUUUGUAUACUAGAUGUUCGUACCACUGAAAACCAUGGCUCCGACAAAGACAUUGCGCAGCAAAGUUUCGAUACGAGACUUCCCUCUAAUAUCGACGAUGAAGCCCUUGUCCCUGGGUGUCCCGACCUUCCCCAAUUGCGAACGGGAAUCACUGAAAUGUCUCUUUCGCUCAUGAGAUAUGAAAUUAUCAGCGUCAUUUGGCAACUGCGGUCACAGUUCAAUACCUGCGGCAUUGCUUAUGAUGCCGAAUAUUCACACUCAGCCGUGCAAGAAAUAGACCGAAUCACGGAUGAUUGUCGUAAAAAGCUCGAGACCCAAAUCCUUCAGUACUGCAACAUGGAUGUUCCUUUUCACUGGCUUAUUGCUACUGUCGCCCGUAUGAUGCUUGCGAAGAUGUGGAUUAAUGUUCAUCAUCGCUUCCAGCUUGCAGGAAUAGGAAGCGACUACAAGGAGCAUGGCAGAGAUCGCCUUUUUUCGAUGACGUUAACGGUUGUGGAGACCUGCUUGCUUUUGGAGAGAGAGCAGUCGAUGCAACAAUGGAAAUGGGCUUUCCGAAACUACGUCCCCUGGCAAGCUCUGACCUUUAUGCUCUCCGAGCUCUGCGUGCGGAAACAAGGCGAUACAACAGACCGAGCAUGGAAGGCAGUGCAGGGUGCCUUUCUAGAAUGGACAGACGUUGCCGCAGAGAAGGGCCACGGUAUACUCUGGCUACGCAUGAAGAAACUAUUGGCAAAAGCCCAAAGGGCAAAUGGUCUGGAUCCGAUUGAUAUCUCUUAUACCAAAACCACGGACUCUCAGCCACAUGCGAGUAGUGAGACAGGUUUUCCAACUAUUGAUCCCGUUACCUUGCCAUCCGGGCCAAGAGGCAUGUCUAGCCUAGAUACGGAGCUGUUCUCGGCGUGCAACCCUUUUCUUGCUGUUCCUCCAGAUGCUAGCGGAAGCUCAUUGAUGGCACAGCAGGAUGAGUCCGAGUGGAAUCAUGAUGAUAUUAGCUUUCCAAUUGCGGAAGAUUAUUUCGACACGGCAGGUUUGACAACGACAAUGAAUUUGUCACUGGAUCAGGAUGGCGCAGCAGCCCAAAAUUUGCUGCCGUCGGCGGCAUUGGAUAAUUUGUGGUAA